GUGGAUUUUUGUGGUUAUGUUAAAAAGUUUGUUUUGAUUUAUAGUGCUCCUUCAGUUUAUCGUGAAAACCGUGUUUAAAAAUGAAAAGAAAAAAUUUUGUGAGUUUAAAGAAACCCGAAAAUUCGGAAGAGUCUGAAGAUGUUUCCGGGAGUGAGGUUGAAAGUACAGAUAGUGAUGGUGAUAUUGAUCCAGAACUAACAAAAUCUCCUCCAAUGCCUCCAAUGAAGGCUGUAAAACACAAAUUUGAAGAAUCUAGCCAGGAAUCAAAGGUAAAACGUGGGAAAUUUGAUAUGAAAAGGGCACCGACUGUUGAGGAGAUCAAUGAACUCAAAGAAGCCAGCAAUCUCUACCAUUCAAAUCUUUUUAAGAUGCAAAUUGAAGAGAUGCUUAAAGAAGUUAACAAAGUGCAAAAUAAGCAUAGGGCUUUUGUUGAAGAAUGGCUUGUAGAUUUUAACAAAUUCUUGAAGAAAUUGCCUCCUGGAGAGGAAAAACAGAAUUUGAGUGAUUUGUCUUGGCUCAAGAAGAUUAAACUUCCUCUGGAUAUUUCAUUUUUGGGUGAGACAAAGGGUACUUUUCAAUUUGUAGUACCCAAAAAGUCAGCUGUUAUUGUUGGAUCUCAGAAAUUGGGAACAAUAUUGGGGAAUCAACUUAUUGUGGAUAUUUGUAUUGAGGUUCCGAGGUUGUUUUAUCAAAAAGGAGACUAUCUCAAUAUGAUUUAUCAUAGGAAGAGGGCUCUCUACUUGUGCUACAUUCUCCAGCAGCUACAGAAAAAAUGUCCUGAUUUAGCUAAACAGCAGGAAUUUACUUAUGUAAGGGGUAAUCCAUUGAAACCGGCAUUGCUUCUUUCCAAUCCCGGAAAGAAUAAGCAUGUAACUUUUGCUAUUCAUUUGGCAUGUGACGAAGACACAUACAAAUUGGUUAGAUUUAUUCCUCUGAGGAAUAACGUGAGAUCAGGGAUAAUCAAGGGAACUCCAGAAAUGGCUGAAAGUGAUCAAUUUGCCACUCCGCACUAUAAUUCUUCAAUUCUGGAAGAUUUUGUGCUCCUUCGAAAUGAAAAGUACAUCUUUUCAGCUUUUGAAGGGAAACAAAAUGUUCGCGAUGGUGUAAUUUUGCUGAAAAUUUGGCUAAAACAACGAGGAUUAGAUCAAGGAUAUUCUGGUUUUUCGGGAUAUGUCGCUACAAUCCUCAUUGCCUUUUUAAUUCACUCCCGGAAAUUGAAUUACAAUGUCAAUAGCUAUCAAUUGGUGAGAAUUGUAUGGACAUAUCUGGCCAAUAGUGCCUGGAAUGAACAAGGCAAGGGACUAACCAUUCACGUAAAGGAAUCUGAGGAGCAAAAUCAACCGAAUCUAGAAGAAUUUCACAAAUAUUUCGAAGUUGUCUUCACGGAUUCAAGUGGAUUCCUCAAUUUAUGCGCCAAUAUGUCUGAGGAUGUCUACAAGAGGAUUAGAUUGGAAGCUAAGAUCGCACUGGAACUCUUGGAUAAUCCUUCAGUGAAUAGUUUUCAGUGCCUCUUCAUGUCCAAGAUUCCCCUCUAUCUGCAAUACGAUCAAGUCCUAAGUAUCCCAUUGGAGAAAUCUGUGGAAGAAGCUCUGGACAGAGAAUCAUCCAGUGCUGACGUACUCAAUUACUGUACAUUCUGGUACCCGAGACUGCUCAAGAUCACAUCAGAAAUCCUCCGAAAGGGUCUAUCCAAUCGACUAAUUUCCCUAUGCCCUCUGCCACAGCCUCAAACCUCGUGGACACCAUCUGAGAAUCCGAAAUCCCUCAAUAGCAAUGCUACUCUCUCAUUUGGGUUCAUCCUAAACCCCAAAGAAGCUUUGGAUGUCGUUGUGAAAGGACCUCAAGCCAAUGAACCCGAUGCACUUGAAUUCCGCAAUUUCUGGGGUGAAAAGUCUCAAUUGAGAAGAUUUAAAGAUGGCUCAAUCACAGAAGCCUGCAUCUGGGCACCAUCUUCCAGUUGCCUGACACGCAAGAGGAUGAUCUGCCGGGACAUUGCCUACCAUUUGCUCGCACAUCACCUAGACCUCAAAGAAGAAUCCCUAAGAAAAUCCUGCUCCUAUGCCGGAAAUCAACUCAAUUGUGAAAUUUCUCUCAAAGAUCCAGCCAAGAAUGACAAAUACCGCGAUGGCUAUGACAGCGAAAUGAUGUCCCUGCAUGUUAUACCAGAAUUUGAUGCCUUGGGCAAAAUUCUAAGGGGUUUGGAAGAUCUCCCACUGGAAAUAACUGGUGUUCAGGGAAUAUCUUCAAUUUUUCGCUACUGUGAUCCCAUUCAGAAUUUCCCAAAUGGCUACUGCAUCUCAAAUGCAGACUCCACAAAUCAAUUGUACGGCAAAAAAGUCUACGAAGGUGUCCUCCAGCUGAGCCUCAGUGGAAAGUGGCCAGACAAUAUUGAAGCAAUAGAGAAACUAAAGCAAGCUUUCUACUUGGAAUUGGCCAGGAGACUAGCAAUGAAGGGCAUAAAAUACACCAGAGUAUCCACAAAUGCCAUAGAAAUUCUGAAGGAAGGAUUCAUCUUUCGCUUCCAAGUGGCUCAUGCUAAAGAAUUAAUGCUAAGGAAGCAAGUUAUCGUCAAUGGGAUUACAAAGCAGAGGGAUACUCCUGAAAGUUUUCAAUUUGAGAAAAAACUGUUCAUCCUGCCACGUCUUUCGAGUGCUCUAAAUGGGAUUCAUCAGCAGUUUAAUUCCUUUGGACCGACAGUAUGCUUAGCAAAGAGGUGGCUCUAUUCUCAACUCUUUGACCAAUAUCUCUGGCCAGAUGAAUGUACAGAGCUUCUAGUAGCUUAUUUGUUCACAAAAGCUGGUGCUUCUUUACCUGCUUUCCAGCCUCAGACAGGAUUUCUGAGGUUCCUCCACCUUGUGGGCUACACUAAUUGGCAAAACGAAAUGAUAAUUGUGAAUUUCAAUGAAUCACUAAAUUACGAGGAAAUAUCCAAAUUGGAAGCAAAUUUCCUAUCAUCCAGAGAUAAUUUUCCGCCACUGACCAUUGUGACUUCAUUCGAUGCCACGAAGCACAGCAUUUGGGGGAAAACAGCUCCUAUUCUACAAGUUCUUGUACGCGUUUCCCUCUUGGCCAAAAAUAUCUUGGAUAAAAUUGAGGAAAAUUUAAUUUAUGGCCUCUUGGAGAUGGAAAAGCUGUUUCAUUAUCAUCAUUUUGAGUCCUUCGAUGUUACUAUCAAAGUUAACACGAGGAAUAUUAAUUUUGACGAUGGAAAUGCAUCAAGUGAGAUGCCAAAGAAGAGGCUUCCUGUCGAAUUCAAUCCUGCGAAGCUGUACUUGAGGGACUUGCGCUCGGCUUUCGGAACUGUUGCCCUCUUCUUUUCUAAUCCUCUCAAAGAGAAUUUUAUUGGGGUACUUUGGAAGCCAAGCAUUGACGUUCCAUCAGAUUUCCGAAUAUCCACUCUAACUGGACACACUUUUAGGAAAGAUGGAAAGAUAUGUUUGGACAAGGAUAAGAUUGUGAAAGAUUUUGAGAUCCUGGGCAAGGGAUUGGAGCCAGAAAUCAUGAGAAAUACAUAAAAUCGUUAAAACAAAA